GCGGCUGCCGGCGCUGUGGCGGCGGAUCGAGGACGCGCACUACAGCUACUUGGAGACGGACGACAGCCCGGAGAAAUUACAGCAGAGGAAGAAGCUGGAGGGCUACAUAAUGGAAUACCUGUCGAUCGUGCCACACGAAUGCAAGUUCGGUCUCGCGGAGACCGGCAAGGUGUUCCAGCGGACUAUAACGGAACUGUCUCAGUUCAGCGCGUACCGAGCUGGCCAGGGUUGGGCCGCGAUCGCUCGGUACGCGGCCAACCUGCUGGCGCAGCCCUGGCGGCUAGAGUACCGGAAUAUACGGUUAUACAGCGGGUUCUACAAGCACGAGGUGGAAGCGCACAUGGUGGGCGCGGAGAGCCUGCUGCAGGCGAUGGGGUACCGCGCCUCGGGCCCGGGCCGCCUGGCGCUCGAGGGGCCCGUGUGCCCCGACAUGGCCGCCGCCAUCUGCAGGGACGCCAUCAUCGCGCAGUGCGAGUGCCAGAUAAUGGCGUCUGUAUGGGAGGCGGUAUGGAGCGGUGGCGGGCGGUGCACUUGGGCGAGUGUGGCCAGGGAACGAGCGGCGUGCGCGUCCAGCGCGGCGGCCACCGCGGCGCGGCUGCUGGCGCCGGCACAGGGGCAGGAAAUCUACUCAAACAUCCCCGUGACUGUACCCCUCGAGCCGACCGCCCGACGCGACUACCCCUCCCCCCUCGAGUCCCCCUCCGACCUCCCCACCCCCGUGCUCCCCUACAUGCUGCCCCCCAUGAUGUACCCCGACAUGGCCAGCAUGGCCAGCAUGGCCAACGUGAACAUGGCCAACAUGGCCAUGCCCCCGGUGCCGAUGCCGUACCCGGUGCCGUACUUCUAUCCCGUGCAGGCGCCCUAUAUGAUCCCUACACCGAUGUACGCGCCAAUUAAACAUGCGAAUAAUGUGCCGAUCAACGGAUAUCCGCCUCACUACAGGUACCCAGCAGUGCCAACAGCUCAGCUCAUCGAACUAGACUCCCCAUCGAUCUACGAAAACGGAAAAUACGACAGACACAGAGACGACGACCGACACAAGAAAAUCAGGCAGCUAGAAAGCUCUAGAAGAAACAGCACUUCCAAGUCUGGCUUCAGCGAUAUCACUUUACCAAGCUUACCGCGAUCUGAUACCCAACCGGUCUUAAGUAAAGCUAGAGAAGAUGGCAUGGGAACUUACGAAAGUUGGGACUAUGUUUUCAGGAACCUGUCCAGCAAAAAUCAAGAAGACAACAGUAGCAGAUUCUCACCAUCACUAGACAGAGACUCCAGAACACUGGAUAGGUUAGACAGAGAACGUAGAGCUAAGUACCAGCCGACAACUUUGGACUUAGAGGAUGGCUUACAAGCUUUAAACCUAGACCGCUCCUAUGAUGAAGAAAUGUACAGAACGGCGAAAGUAAAUGAGAAUUUGAUGAGGUUAAAGCAGGAACAAGAACAGAAGAGAGCGAAGCAGCUAAAGAAGCAGGCAGAAGAGAAGAUUAGGAAAUCUGAGCCUGUAGGUAACCCUAAUGCAGAUGCGCUGAUAACACCUAAGACAGCGCCUGAUAAAGUAAGGUUGCUGACUAAAAAGGACGUGAAAGAUAGGAAGGAUGUUAUAAAGCAGCAGAAUUGUGUGAACGGGUCGGUGUCGAGUGCGACAGAGAUAAAAAAGGUGAAGAAACCGGUGAGGCCAGUGGAAGAGAAGCCGAAGAGUAAACCGUACGAGAAUGGACACGCUACGUCGCAUUCCAAAUCUAAUUCAGUAUCAAGCACAACACCGAACUACGAUUUGAAAGCACAACUAAUAGUAUCCCUAGACGAGACGGACUCGCGGCCGCCACCGCCCAAACAGAACGGGGAAAGACCGGCCAGCCGGGCGGAGUCGCGGGCUGAAGACAAGCAGGAACGGUGGCAGUGCGGGACAUGUACAUACCUGAACAAGGCCAGUUUGCAGGCGUGCGAGAUGUGCGGUAAAUCGAAACGCGGCCCCUCCAUUCAGCCGCUGCAGUCCGGCGGGCGCGAGUGCCCCGCCUGUACGCUCGUCAACGCGCGCGCCGCCGGCGCCUGCGACGCGUGCGGCACCAGCCUCGACCACUGCCCCACUUACAUAUAGGCUGUG